AUGACUGCAUCCAGUAAGUCAUAUGUUUAUAGCUACGGAAUGAUGAUAUUAGAAAUCGUUGGAGGGAGAAAGAACUUCAAAGCAAUGGCAGACCACAGUAGUGAAAUUUAUUUUCCAGACUGGGUUUAUGACAGUUUUGAUAAGUACUAUGAUUUGGUCACUCCUGAUACCAGUCUUGUUAGUCCUGAGACUGAUGCUAAUCCUAAGACUAAAGAAAUUACAAAAAAGAUGAUGAUAGUGGGUUUAUGGUGCAUACAGAUAAAGCCAGAAAAUAGACCUUCAAUUAGCAUGGUUGUCACCAUGUUGGAAGGAAGCAUCAUGGACCCUGCAAAUGCCACCAAAACCAGAAUUCAGUUAGAGUGCCAUUUGAAGAUUAUUAAAUGA